AUGCCUGACCCAACUAUGCCCGAGGAGUAUGCCGAGCUUAUGAAGCACAACGGCCAUGAACAUUAUCUGUAUACCCCUCAGAGGUAUAGCAAGCUUCACCCUGGCUCAGUUGGAUUUUUCGACAAAUAUGGGUUUUGGAAUCAAAUUACAGAUCUUUCGCAGCCAGGAUAUCCGGAUGAUUUUAGUUUUAAGGACAUCGGUAAAGUGCUUUCCUAUGAUGAACCCACUGAAUACAUGUGGGAUGCCGUGUCCUCAGGUAAUGAAGCGGGAUCAAGCUUCGGACUCAAUGGCGGGUUGUCAGGCAUGCUCGCUGCCGCCCCAGUGGAUGCGGAGGCCAAUGCGAGCAACAAGAGGGGUUCGUCUGGGACAGCAGCUCUGAUUACUACUCAAUCGGUCAAGAAUCAGAGACUCGAGGGUGGCUCCAGCAGGCUUAUCAGCGACUGGGUUAAGAAGAAUGGAAAGAUGCUGAUGAAGUCCAACUACGGCGAUGACAUUCGAGGCUAUGGGUUAUGGGUGAUCCAUACCACAUGGUCCACGGAAUGUGCCAUUAAAAUGAACAGCGCUUUCCAUCGCAACACCAGUGCGGGGCUGGACCUUGGAGCCACCGAUGUUGGUAAAGUUGGAGGUAGUGGAUCAUCGCUUAAGAAGCUUGAAUCCAACGGCUGGAAAUCAUAUCAAGCCACAGAGAGCGACCAGGGACUUGUCGUAGCGUAUGGUGGAGCUAGAUAUAGGUUACAUUCCAUCCGACCAUUCUGGAUCAAUCCACUCAAACAGGCCGAGAGAGUGUCUGAUCCUCCAGCAAGGCAUUUUGAGUACAACGAGAAACAAGAAACAAUUGGCAUCUCAAUUGGUGUUAUGGUUCGCGGUGCAAAUGGAGACAAUCACUGGGUGCCGAGCUCCAAGGAGGAAUUCAUUUUUGAUGAAAACCGAAAGCUGGUUGGAAAAGUGUACUGGAACCGUAUUUCCGACGAAUAUGGACGAGAGAUCAGCUGGGUGCCUUACCACAGGGAGAAUUAUAUUUUUGAUGAGGAUGGAGAGAAGACCGGGGCCGCGUAUUUCCGGCCUACUCGCGGCAGCACGAGGGAACAGAUCGAAUGGGAGCAGUACGACAAGGACGCUGAGGAGAUAGAUGCCAAGAAGAAAGAGACUGAAAUGGCGAACCAGGCACGCCGGGAGUAUGAGGACCAAGAUGAAUUCGAAAUCGAAUGUGAGACGGUCGGAAUGGAUGACAAUGAAUAUGACACCAAGGCAGUAGAACGCACGGAGACGACUCCAUUGAUGUCCAAGUGCUGUGUUAUGUGA